GGGAAGACGAGAUAAAUAGUAGAGUAUCUCGCCAAAACCAGUUCCCCAGAUUGGACAACCCAAUUGACGGAAGAGCGCCAGUCCCAACAAGGCGCAGUCCUUCACCCCUGAACAUCCUCAACGAGGUAUUGCCUCAAGGAGUGAAAGUAUCAGGCUUACCUCAGUUCGAAGGAACUACCGACCCGCAGGAACACAUAGAGAAGUUCCACGCUAUGGCAGAUUUAUAUGGCCCAACAGAUGCAGCAAUGUGCAAGAUGUUCCGCACCACUCUUUCCAAGAGAGCCAUGAAUUGGUUCAAUGCUUUGCCCACAGGAUCAAUUGACACUUUCGCUCAGUUAUCAUUGCGCUUCACCAACCAAUUCGCCAUCAAUAAGCAAUAUGCUAAAACACCAGCACAUCUCUUCUCUAUCGUACAGAGAGACAAUGAAACACUCCGCAACUACAUCAGGCGUUUCGUGGAGGCUGUUCAUGAAGUUCCCAGUGUAGGACAAGAUAUGCUUUCAGGGAUUAUGCAGCAAAACCUGAAGUCGGGUAGGUUCAAAGAAUCUAUCGCAGGAAGACCUCCUGGCAACUUAGAUGAGUUGUUAAAUCGAGCUGAAAAAUACAUACGCAUAGAGGAAGCUUCUGCCAAUGCUCCUCCCAAGAGGAAGAGAGAAGAUGACCGCCCGGAUAUUAGGAGACGAGAUGAUCUACGUCCUCCACCCCCGCCUCAAGGCCAAUCAUCUUCAACUUAUAAUAGAUUCACUCCACUCAAUACUCGUCUCACUGAAAUACUUCAUGUGAUUGAACAAAAAGGUCUGGCAGAGCCUCCACGCCCAAUGCAACCCAAUGCGAAACGAGAAAGAUCGGAUCGCUAUUGUCGAUUCCACAAAGAUAAAGGGCAUACUACCGAUGAAUGUGCGCAACUCAAAUUGGCGAUUGAGAGGUUGAUCAAGCAAGGCCACUUGAGCGAAUACAUUGAUAAGCCUCGAAAUAAGCGCCGCGAUGAUCUUCCACGCCGAGAUAACAAUAGAGAUCAACAUCAACGACGAGAGGAGGGGG